AUGCCAAGCGCCCAUCAAACGUGGAAGAUGGAAGAUGAAAACGAAGUCGGACUACCCGCUAAGGGUAUCAGUAUGAUCAUCAAAGAAGUGCUGCCGGAUAUGCGAAUCGCCAAUGAAUCCCGAGAAUUGUUUGCUGCAUGUUGUGUAGAAUUCGUGAAGUAUGUGGCAAGAGGAGCUCAGCAUGUCAGUGGACACGACCAGCGAAAAACCAUCUAUCAUGAACAUGUGCUGAAGGCAUUACAGUUGCUACAGUUCCCACCAGAUUACGCUGAAGCCGCUGACAGCGUCCUGGGCGAGUGUAAGGUUGCGGCUGAGAAACGUCUGAAACGAAAGAAUUCGAGACUUGACAAAUGCGGCAUACCAGAAGAGGAGCUGUACCUUAUGCAGCAGCAACUAAUCCAGCAAGCACGGGAACAGGAUCCCGAUCAGCUACGAGCACAGGCAGCAACCGUACAGACUCUGCUUCCCGAACAGCAAGUAUUUGCAGCACAACCAGCGCAGGAUGACGAUGAGUAUGAUGUCUGA